AUGGCGAGUGAUAAUGAAGAGGAUGAAGAAGAAAUUGAACCGGAGAAUGAAGAAGACCGCGCCUUUCUCGAUGAUGAAAUACACGAACAGGAAGACGUCUCGUUUUACAGAAGAUUGAACGUUGAAGUGAACAGAGAAAGAAGACAGCAACUGAGACAGGCGCGGAACCAGUUAGAAGAGUUACAAGAUAUUGUAGGUGGUUCAGAGGACGUCAGUGACCACAAAGUCCUCAGUCAACUAGAGGAGAAACUGAACGCCUAUAUACAAGAACUGCCAGUGUUGGGUUUCAAUUCCGGAAAGUACGACCUGAAUGCCUCCAAAGAAUUCCUCUUCCCGUACCUCAUCAAGCAUCAGCCCAUCAAAUUUACUGUGAAAAGGAAUAAUAAUCAUAUGUGUAUCAAGACAGACUAUUUAAAGUUUCUGGACAUCUCUAAUUAUCUCGCUCCAGGGUUCAGCUACGAUCAGUUCCUGAAAGCGUACGAGUGCGAACAGACCAAGGGAUUUUUCCCAUAUCAGUGGGUCGAUAAAUUGCACAAGCUAGACGAAACAUCGCUGCCCCCUCACGCUGCCUUCUACUCAAGUCUGAAGAACGCUAACAUCACGGGGGAAGAGUACCGAUACUGCCAGCAAGUAUGGGAAGACAAUGAAAUGUCCACCUUAAAAGAUUUCUUGGUUUGGUACAAUAAUAUGGAUGUAGUACCUUUCCUCGAGGCAGUAGAGGAGCAUUGCCUGAGCAUUUGAAAGAGAAAUUCAGUGAAAUGUGCCCCAUCUUCAAAAACACCAACAUCAGCCGCGAUGAUAUUGGAGACUUCAUGAAAGCGUACGCAGAAGAGCAUAACAUCAUGGCUCAGCCUCGGCGAAGCUUGAUUGGAAGUAUGAAAGGAGAAAAAAUCUUGUUGGCCACACCUCUACUCAAAUGGUAUUUAGAACACGACCUGGAAGUCACCNGGUUCAGAGGACGUCAGUGACCACAAAGUCCUCAGUCAACUAGAGGAGAAACUGAACGCCUAUAUACAAGAACUGCCAGUGUUGGGUUUCAAUUCCGGAAAGUACGACCUGAAUGCCUCCAAAGAAUUCCUCUUCCCGUACCUCAUCAAGCAUCAGCCCAUCAAAUUUACUGUGAAAAGGAAUAAUAAUCAUAUGUGUAUCAAGACAGACUAUUUAAAGUUUCUGGACAUCUCUAAUUAUCUCGCUCCAGGGUUCAGCUACGAUCAGUUCCUGAAAGCGUACGAGUGCGAACAGACCAAGGGAUUUUUCCCAUAUCAGUGGGUCGAUAAAUUGCACAAGCUAGACGAAACAUCGCUGCCCCCUCACGCUGCCUUCUACUCAAGUCUGAAGAACGCUAACAUCACGGGGGAAGAGUACCGAUACUGCCAGCAAGUAUGGGAAGACAAUGAAAUGUCCACCUUAAAAGAUUUCUUGGUUUGGUACAAUAAUAUGGAUGUAGUACCUUUCCUCGAGGCAGUAGAGGAGCAUUGCCUGAGCAUUUGAAAGAGAAAUUCAGUGAAAUGUGCCCCAUCUUCAAAAACACCAACAUCAGCCGCGAUGAUAUUGGAGACUUCAUGAAAGCGUACGCAGAAGAGCAUAACAUCAUGGCUCAGCCUCGGCGAAGCUUGAUUGGAAGUAUGAAAGGAGAAAAAAUCUUGUUGGCCACACCUCUACUCAAAUGGUAUUUAGAACACGACCUGGAAGUCACCAAAGUGCACCAAGUGGUUGAAUUCACCCCUUAGCCCUGUUUAAAACCCUUUGGAGACGCUGUGUCCGACGCUAGGAGAGCUGGGAAUGCGGAUUCUAGGAAGGCCAUUAUUGCAGAUACCAUGAAACUGGUAAGUUUUUGUUUCAUUCUUUCAUUCAUAAAGGGGAGGGAACGAUAUACAUUUUCACGAAUAGAAAAAACUUAUAUCUUUGUUUAUCUCUCAGGUGGGCAAUUCAGGCUAUGGUAAGACGAUCACUAACCAACUGAAACACAGAAACGUGGAGUAUUGCAGUGACGCGGAGGCCAGUCGAAAAGUCAACACCCCACUGUUCCGGAAAGUGGAUAAUAUCACAGAAGACAAUUACGAAGUAGAGUCUUGUAAGAAAACUAUUAAGGUAAACUUACCUAUUCAAGUCGGUUUUUUUGUGUAUCAGUAUGCUAAGUUACGCAUGCUGCAGUUUUAUUAUGAUUUUCUAGACAAGUAUCUCGAUCGCAGCGAUUUUCAAAUGUGUGAAAUGGAUACGGACAGUGCGUAUAUCGCUAUUGCUGGGGAGAGUGUGGAAAGUUUAGUCAAACCAGAUUUGAAAGCAGAGUUCGAAGCCGAUAAAUGCAACUGGUUUCCCCGUACGGAUACACCCGAGCAUAAAGCCUAUGAUAAGCGAACCCCGCGUCUUUUUAAGGUUGAGUGGGAGGGACAAGGAAUUAUCGGGUUGUGUUUAAAAACCUACUACUGUUUUGGGGCCAAAGAUAAGUUUUCUUGCAAAGGAGUUAACAAGAAAUGUAACGAGAUUAACAAAGACAAGUAUUUACAAGUGUUGCUCACAAAACAGAAUAGUUCAGGUGUUAACAGAGGUUUUCGUGUUGUUAACAACACCAUGUACACUUAUGAGCAAGUUAGGGAUGCAUUUUCGUAUUUUUACCCGAAACGUUAA